AUGAUGACCGAGCUCGCGCCGUCCGACGACGCCGGCGCGUACGUCCGUCCGUCGUACGGCUUCGACGACACGCUCUCGAACGAUCCCACGGCGAAGCACCCGGCGAUGUGCGGCCGGUACGUCGUCUACGUCGGCAACGCGUGCCCGUGGUGCCACAGGGUCACGCUGACGAUCGCGCUCAAGGGGCUGAGCGACGCGAUCGCGGUGGUGAAGAUGACGGACGACGCCGAGCGCGCUUCGCGGGGCGGCUGGGUUUUUGAACAGUUCCCGGCGUCGGCGCGCGACCCGGUGUUCGGGGCGAGAGACCUGCGGGAGGUGUACGACGCCGCGGUGAUGUCGAAGGGACCCGCGGGGGCGCCGUACCGAGGGCGGUGCACCGCGCCGUUGCUGUUGGACGCGGCGAGGAAGACGCCGGUGUGCAACGAGAGCGCGGACAUCGUUCGCGCGCUCAACGACGUGGACUUCGUCGGCGUCGGACAAGGUGUCGGACAAGGUGUCGGACAGAGUGACGCGGAAGAGGGCGUCGUGGAGCUGCGGCCCGCGGCGCUGCUCGACGAGAUCGACGCGUGGGGCGAGGAGGUGUAUCGCGGUCUGAAUAACGGCGUGUACCGGUGCGGUUUCGCGACGUCGCAAGCCGCGUACGAGAGGGCGGCGACGGACGUCAAGACGACGUUACUCAAGGUCGAGAAACGGCUGUCAGAAAGCCGUUUCUUGUGCGGGGAUAAGAUCACCGAGGCGGACGUGCGCUUAUUCCCUACGAUCGUUCGCUUCGACGCCGUGUACGCGACGCUGUUCAAGUGCUCGAACGUCAGAGUCGCGGACCUCCCGUGCGUCUCCGGAUUCAUGAAGGACGUCUACGCGUUGCCGGGCGUGAGAGAGACGGUGGACUUGGCGGGGUACCGGAGCUCGUACUUCGGUCAGCUGUUUCCGUUGAACCCGGGAGGGAUCGUGCCGAUCGGGCCGACGGAGGCGGACUUGGGGUUGGGCGAAGACGCGAACCGAGGCACGGGCGACGUGUUUCACAGGAGAUGA